AUGGCUAACAUGAGGAGGUGUAAUCUUAAGACUUCUGCCGUUUACUCGCGAGUGCAGGGAGGGUCGAUGGAAGUCAGCGCGCUUCACAGUCCCGCUCCAAGUAAAGAGGAUGCCCUGAGGGAGAAGGAGAGACCUGAGGCGGAGUACAUUAGCUCCAAAUGCGUCUUGUUCACCUAUCUCAACGGGGAUAUUAGCGCUCUGGUAGACGAGCAUUUCACUCGCGCUUUGAGUAACUACAAUCCGGAGAACAGGAGCAACGAAGUUCGGAAAGGGAAGGGCUCCCUGAACCAGCGUAACUUCCCUGCCUCUUUCUGGGACAGUAAUUACCAGGCACCCUCCUCCAGCUCGGCAGCCAGUAGUAGCAGCAUCGGCUCUCCGCACUCGGAGCUCCACCUGCCCUCCACGGAGCCCUAUCCAGCUGUCCUACAUCCUCACCUGGCUCAGCCCCCAGAACACUGGCACUACCCACUGGCCGGACCCCUCAGCCCACAGAGCCCAGCGUACCACCAGCCCAGGACUAUACACGAACUCUACCCCGUCAGCCCCAACCUUGACCCCCGCUACAGCUCCUUGCUGAUGCCCACCCUCCGCUCCAGCAGACUGCAACCAACCGUCAGUGGUCAGGAGUCCACCUCCCCUUGGUCGGGGGUCUUCCCUACGGCUGAAGUGGCACAGACUUUAAACUUGAACGUCGAUGCAGGUCUUCAGAAUCACGACAAAGCCAAGGAUGUGUUCUGGUUUUAG